UUUGGGAUGUGCUGACCUCGCGCACUAACAUUUUACUAACAGCUGUCAGCGCGCGCGUCGCGCGCACGCACGCGGAUACGUCGCUGCGGCAAAACCUCCUCAUGAUUCACGCUCGCGCCCUUUCUGUGAAGGAAACUGAGGCAGCGCGUGGAUUUGUGUGACCGAUAUGAGCGUGUAACUGACACGGGGAUUAACGCUCUGACCCACAUCCACGCGUCCGCGUCCCAGCGUGCUGUGCGGUAGCGCCGCACUCGGUUCGGUUCGGCUGUGACACAGUGUAAUGCUCGGCUGUGGACCUGACUGUGGACCUGACUGUGGACCAGCACCGUACACCGGCUGUCUCUCCUGCACAUGGGCGAAGACGAGCAGCGGUUCUGCGCCCGGACACACCGCGAAGGAGACAAGGGAGCGGCAGAGGACGCGGCGGACAGGGAGAGGAGAUAUGAGGAGCUGUUCCAGCAGCUGGACCUCAACAAAGAUGGCAGGGUGGACAUCAGCGAACUGAGGACCGGACUACUGGCCCGGGGUUUACACCGAGGAGAGGCGGAGGAGAUUGUCCUCGAAAGUGACACCAACCGCGAUGGCCUGCUGGACUUCCAGGAGUUCUGUCAGUACUUGCACGCUCACGAGAAGAGACUCCGGCUCAUGUUUCACAGCCUCGACCGCAACAACGAUGGUCACAUUGAUGUGGGGGAGAUUCAGCACUCACUGCACAAGCUUGGUGUGGACGUCACGCUCGAGCAGGCCUCCAGAAUACUGCAGAGUAUGGACAGGGACGGGAAUUUGACCAUCGACUGGAAUGAGUGGCGCGAUCACUUCCUGUUCAACCCCUUCCACAACAUGGAGGAGAUCGUCCACCACUGGAAACACUCGCAUAUGUUUGACAUCGGGGAACAGCUGACGGUGCCAGAUGAGUUCUCAGAGCAGGAGCGGCGCUCAGGUCUGGUGUGGAGGCAGCUGGUUGCUGGAGCCAUGGCAGGAGCGGUGUCUCGGACAGGAACCGCCCCUCUCGACCGUCUCAAAGUCUUCCUACAGGUGCAUGGCUCUGCUUCCCGGGGGAUGAAUCUGUGGUCUGGACUGAGGGGGAUGGUCCAGGAGGGAGGUGUGUCCUCACUGUGGAGGGGAAACGCCAUCAACGUCCUCAAGAUCGCUCCUGAAUCAGCCAUUAAGUUUAUGGCCUAUGAACAGAUCAAGUGGGUGAUCCGAGGAAAUAAAGACGGGGGCAGUUUGAGGGUACGAGAGAGGUUCAUCGCUGGUUCCCUUGCAGGAGCGACGGCCCAGACCAUCAUUUACCCCAUGGAGGUGUUGAAGACCCGUCUCACUCUGAGGACGACGGGUCAGUACUCGGGUGUGGCUGAUUGUGCCAGACAGAUCCUGAGGAGAGAGGGAGUACGAGCGUUCUACAGGGGCUACCUUCCAAACACGCUGGGCAUCAUCCCCUACGCUGGCAUCGACCUGGCUGUUUAUGAGACUCUGAAGAACGCAUGGCUGCAGAGAUACUGCGUGGAUUCAGCAGAUCCUGGAGUUUUAGUCUUGCUGGGUUGUGGAACCAUCUCCAGCACCUGUGGUCAGCUGGCGUCCUAUCCUCUCGCUCUCAUCCGGACACGCAUGCAGGCCCAAGCCUCCAUCGAGGGUAAACCCAAGCUGACCAUGGUGGGCCAGUUCAAGUACAUCAUCUCCCAUGAAGGUGUGCCAGGCCUUUAUCGCGGCAUCACCCCCAACUUCCUGAAAGUCAUUCCUGCUGUCAGCAUGUCGUACGUGGUGUAUGAACACAUGAAGAAAGUCCUCGGUGUGGGUCACUAAACAGAGAAGAGUCACUGAUGUGAUGCACACUGCACUUUGUGGUCCAUACGUUCAGGUUCCUGCUGGUGUAACUUGCAGGUAUUCUUACCAGUGUGUCAGUGUGUAUGAGUCCAUUAAAGGGACAGUUCAGGAUUUCUGUAGUGGGCUUGUAUGAGGUACAUAAGUGUAGUCAUUAUCUUUCAUAUGUGCAUUUCUGGACUAAAGAUUCUUACUGUAAUAUUGUGAACUCUGGAGUGAAUGAGAGCAAUGAAAGUAACGCAGGGUUGGCAGCAUUUUCAGCUCAUGAGAUCCUUGGCAGCUCCUGUGAGUGAUUGGAGUAGAAAUCAUUUGUCAAUCAUGUCUUUUAAACAUAGUUACGGAAAAGUUGCCUUAACUGAUGGAUAAUCAGGUAAGCACUCACAAUCAAUGGAUUUUAUUCAAUGAGCAAUAUGCUGUGUUUCCAUCAUGACUCUGAGAACAGGAGCUUUACUCGAGCGUCAAAAAGACCUCACGCUCUGUGUGAGAAUAGACUCUGGGCAUUGAAGAGAAAGUCAGCUGACUGUUGUGGGCGGAGCUCUGACCGCACCUUACCAUUUCACUCCAAUGUUAGAGGCUGGUUAUAGACGUACUGACUGUACCUGAUGGAAACACGGCUAUAAUCACCAGUGACUCCCCGUCAGUACCUCACGCAACCACAUCCAUGCUGUCC